CUGCCUUUUUGCAUCUAGUGGGAUGCAAUCUUUCAUAGAUUCAAUCCAUGCAUCAUAAUACAGUGUGUGUUUUGGUUAGUUAUCUAUUGUGCCAAGACUGUAAUGUCUUGAAAUGUUUUGCUUAAUUAGAAUGUAAUAAUUGAGUUUAUCAGUAUCUUAACUAGGACGACUUGAGCACAGAGAAAUGGAUGAUGAACCUGAAAGAACCAAACGGUGGGAAGGGGGUUAUGAAAGAACAUGGGAAGUUCUUAAGGAAGAUGAGUCUGGAUCAUUGAAAGCCACUAUAGAGAAUAUUCUCUAUAAAGCCAAGAGAAAACGGAACUUUGAACAUCAUGGACAAGUUCGACUUGGAAUGAUGCGCCACCUGUAUGUAGUGAUUGAUGGAUCAAGAACAAUGGAAGACCAAGACUUAAAACCCAACAGGCUAACUUGUACCUUAAAGUUACUGGAAUAUUUCGUUGAAGAAUAUUUUGACCAAAAUCCUAUUAGUCAGAUUGGCAUUAUUAUAACUAAAGGUAAAAGAGCUGAAAAACUGACUGAACUUUCAGGGAAUCCAAGGAAGCACACCUCAGCUCUGAAAAAAGCUGUAGAUAUGACCUGCCUAGGAGAGCCUUCUCUCUAUAAUGCCUUAAACUUGGCCACACAGACAUUAAAGCACAUGCCAGGACAUACAAGCCGAGAGGUUUUAGUAAUAUUCAGUAGCCUGACAACAUGUGACCCUUCCAAUAUAUAUGAUCUAAUUAAGAGUUUAAAGGCAGUUAAGAUCAGAGUUUCUGUUAUUGGCCUUUCUGCUGAAGUUCGAGUUUGCACUGUACUUGCCCGGGAAACUGGUGGAACCUAUCAUGUCAUUUUAGAUGAAAGCCAUUAUAGGGAACUCUUGAUGCACCAUAUCAGUCCACCACCAGCCAGUUCAAGUUCUGAAAGCUCCCUUAUUCGAAUGGGCUUUCCUCAGCACACAAUUGCAUCUUUGGCUGAUCAGGAUGCAAAACCAUCUUUUAGCAUGGCGCAUCUGGAAAACAGCAAUGAGCCAGGCCUUACGCUGGGAGGAUAUUUCUGCCCCCAGUGUAGAGCCAAAUACUGUGAGCUCCCUGUGGAAUGCAAAGUUUGUGGCCUUACUCUAGUUUCUGCACCUCAUCUGGCUCGAUCUUACCAUCAUCUGUUUCCUUUGGAUGCCUUUCAGGAAGUCCCACUGGAACAGUUUGUAGGAGAGCGCUAUUGUCAAGGAUGCCAAGGAGAAAUCAGAGAUCAACAUGUCUAUAUUUGCAAAGUCUGCCAGAGCGUUUUUUGUGUAGAAUGUGAUCUUUUUGCCCAUGAUACUCUACACUGCUGUCCGGGUUGCAUUCACAAGCAUCCUGCACCUCCCUGUGUGUGAUGCCACCCAUUGAUCAACACUUCUUAUUACAUUCCUGUGGAUAGAAAAUCCAGGUCAACGGUUCAGUGAAGGUCUUUGGCAUAGUAGGUUAAAGAUGAGAGAAGGCACCUAGCUGUAUGCUUAUGUAAAUAUUAUUUUCAUACCUAUUCUGUAAUAUAGAUGUGUAUACAUGGUUCCUUGUAUUUGUAAUUUGUUUUUGAAAAUGUUUAAUUUGCUUUGGAAUUAGUCUGAAUGAUGUGUCAAUUUGUAUCUCUGAAAGUGUUAAACUGGUGUUAAAUUAAA